UGGCCACCGAUACUGUAUCUCUUCCUGGUUGAUGUGGACACUGGAGAGCUGCUGGGUGAGGUCUGUUGUUGUAGCAGAGUACAUAAUGGAGAAAAGCAGUAAAGUUGAGUCAGAAAAGCCACAAUAUUUAUCGAGUUAAUUAGGUUCUAAAAGUCUGUGUUAUUCUGGAUAAGGAGACGUUUAUUCCGGAGCUUCCUUCUCAUACCGCCAGUGAGUGUUGCGGUGUUUAGCUCUCUGUUGGUUGUUAGCUGCUAACGCUACAUGCCAGUGCAGUGCACCUGUCACCAGCUUCUUUGUCUCACUCAAAACGGUGGCUUCAUCUCCUAUUGUCUCUUAGUUAACUGAACUUGUUACCAUAAACGUUGGCUACAAUUUCUGCUCACUUCUUCAAUGUGGAAGGCGUCACUGUCCGACAACAAGCCGCACCGCCACAGCUAACUUCCGACAAAAGAAGAUGAAGUGACGAUAAGAGACGAUGUAUGAUCUGAACUCUUUAUGCGUCCCACUGGAUACUUCUAAACCCAAAUAGUCAGCUCGUCCCGAGAAAAAAAGAAAAAGAAAUGGCAUCCUCCAAAGCAAAGGUGGGAGUCAACAGUGAGACAAACUCCCAGAAAGAAAGUAAAAGCAACGGCAGCAGUUCGACUGGAGAAGCGUCACCAAAUAACCGGACAUAUUGCCUUGAUGACCUCGAGACCAUCGCCACAGUGGGCACGGGGACUUUCGGCCGAGUCUUCCUGGUGAAGGACAAGAAGAGCAGGGCCUUCUACGCCCUGAAGCAGAUGAAGAUCCCAGACGUGAUCCGACUGAAGCAGGAGCAGCACGUCCACAAUGAGAAGGAGGUGCUGGCAGAGGUCAACCACCCCUUCCUCAUCCGCCUGUUUUGGACCCACCACGACGAGCGCUUCCUCUACAUGCUGAUGGACUUUGUGCCGGGCGGCGAGCUGUUCAGCUACCUGCGCAGCCGCGGGCGCUUCAGCAACGCUACCGGCCUCUUUUAUACCUCCGAGAUCGUGUGCGCCAUCGAGUACCUCCACUCCAAAGAGAUCGUGUACCGUGACCUGAAGCCCGAGAACAUCCUGCUGGACAGCGAAGGACACAUGCGCCUGACCGACUUCGGCUUCGCGAAGAAGCUCUCUGACAGGACCUGGACUCUGUGUGGAACUCCUGAGUACCUUGCUCCUGAGGUCAUCCAGAGCAAAGGUCACGGACGAGCAGUGGACUGGUGGGCUCUGGGCAUCCUCAUCUUUGAAAUGCUGGCUGGGUACCCGCCAUUCUUUGACGACAACCCGUUUGGAAUCUAUCAAAAGAUUCUGGCUGGAAAACUUGAAUUCCCACGCCAUCUGGAUUUCUACGUCAAAGACCUCAUCAAGAAAUUUCUGGUCAUUGACCGAGCCAGACGGCUAGGCAACAUGAAGAACGGAGCCGAUGAUGUGAAGAAGCAUCGCUGGUUUAAGACCGUAGACUGGGAGGGAGUUCCUUUGAGGAAACUGAAGCCUCCCAUAGUCCCUAAAGUUUCCCAUGAGGGCGACAUCUCUAACUUUGACGUGUACCCCGAGGACGACUGGAAGAAAGACCCUCCUGUGCCUCAGAAGGACUUGGAGACCUUCAAGAACUUCUGAUUGCUUGAGCCUUGCUUUAUUUAUUUAAUGGAAUAUCCUGAGAGUUGACGCAGCACAUUGUAAAGUAACGUUACAGCCACCAAUCCUGGAGAGAAUCCUUAUUUAUCAAAGCUCGGGAGUCGCAUUUAAUCCGUAAUAAUAAUGACCUCCCUAAAGACAAACUUCUAUGGUGCUGUGACACGUAUCAUACCACAGAGAUGACUUGCUUUUUUUUAUACUUUUAUUUAUCUUUAAGUUGCUGUUUUUAAUUUUUUUUUUUAUCAGUUUUUCUCUGAGCCUGCUCAUAUGCAAAAAAGUGGUUCCUUUACAAACCAAAAGACUGUUACUUUUUAGGUAAAAAAAAAAAAAAGAGAAUUAUCAGGUCUUUGUUUUAUAUUAUAAUGUUUUAUAUUUUGUCUCUUUUUUUAAAAUGUUCAUGCAGUCAUAUUUACUGUGACUGUUGCCUGGUGCUGGAACUGUCAGCUGGCCAGUAGUCAUUAAUGUGCUUUCAGACUUUAUACUGUAUGUAGACGAGUCAGACACUUUAUUUGAAAAUGCGUAGCACUUGUAAAGAAAGGUGCCUUCCAUCACAGUUUUGAUGGGCAUGAUGUGUUUUUUUGCAAUUCCAUAAAGUUGACUUGAAAUAGGUUCUGAUGAAAGUAACGCAAGCUGCAGAAUGUGCCGCCAUGCUUUCUGCUCCCCUGCUCUGUUAUUUCCCGCUUUAUUCACAGCCAAAGGACUCCGUUAUUAGCGGGCGCUUCCAGCUGUUCCACAGAUGAACUAAAGACUUUCCCAUGGCUUCACUGACAUCAUCGUUAUCAUUGUUGUAACGUGAGGUCACGUGAGGGUGAGAGGAGCUGCAUUACACUCAGUAUUCAUCAGCGUUUCACUCUAUUGUGCAGAAGGCUUCAUUUUUGUGUUUUCCGAAAAAUAUCGGCCUUUUGAAACAUCGAACGAUUUUGUUCGCUGCCAUUAAAAAUCCAUGUGACGACGAGA